AGAGUCUUAAAAAUGCUGACUGCCCAGGUCAAACAAGAACCCGCUUGACUCUUUUGAAACUCACGACAUCUCUUCCUUACCAGCAAGCCCUCACAGCAAAUAAGAACAGUAUGGAGACUACCCACACAGCCCAAGAUGUCAUCGCCGCCCUCAGCCUCUCACCUCACCCAGAGAAGGGCUUCUACAUCGAGACAUUCCGCGAUCCAAACGUAUCAGCCGAGGGCCGCCCAUUUAGCACCUACAUCUACUACCUCCUCGAGGGCAGUUCCGGCCUUUCGCACUGGCACCGUGUUCUUGACGCUGUUGAAGUUUGGCAUUACUACGCCGGCGCAUCUCUGCAGCUCUCACUAUCCUCUGACGACGGCAAGCCGGCUCGCGAUCUGAUCCUUGGCCCGGACCUGUGGAAGGGCGAGAGACCACAAAUCGUGAUCGAGCGGGGGAAAUGGCAGCACGCACAAUCGUUGGGUGAAUGGACUCUUGUUGGCUGCUCUGUGACACCGGGAUUUGAGUUCAAAGGCUUUGAGAUGGCGAAUCCGGGUUGGGAGCCAAGCGGUGCGCUGGGAGGAGUCUGAUUAUACAUGGACAUAUAAUCCUCAAUUGACUACUGCUCGGCUUGUCUCUAUGUGAAUGUGCUUUGAGAGUUGAAAGAGUGACUAGGUCAGAAUACUAGCGAUCCAUACUCGGAGAUUUACACCCUGAAGGCUGAAAAAACAAAGGGAACCGGCGAAUAUACUCGUGGACGGUAUUCAAGAUGCAUCUAUGAUCUGGGAUAUUGAUAUUUAAGCUGUCCCUUCAAAGAUGAGUUGAUUAGUAAUCUC